AUCAUGCAAGCAAGACUAAUGGGACACAGGAGAUAGUCAUGACCUUGCGAUUGUUUUUGUAAAUUUCAGAACAGGUAUCAAUCUUAGCUUUGAGCUGCUCUGGAAGAAUGGUUGAAUGAGGAACAACAAGAUAGAGAGCAAGGUAAGUCCAGGACAGACCUGGACUUUCUAGGUAAACAAUGGGUAAACUGGAGUAAUUAGAAUGAAGAUAUAGCAACAGAGCUAGAAUGAUUGUGUGUUUCAGAAGGUAGCUUAUGGACUUCUUAUGAUCACCACAUGUUAAGAGGUAUUUGUCAACCACCUACUGGAGUGAUGUUGGCACCUUAGCAGACUUUGACAAUCUCCAGCAACAAUACACCUACUAUCUUUUCACAAGAUUUUGCAAGCCAAGAAGGAUAUGGUCCAAAGCACAGGUCACAACACUGUUUCCCCAGGCACUCCACCCAGAACCUAGCAACACACACCAAAACCGAAACAGAGAUCAUCUUGCAUUUUAUUGCCUGUCUCUUCUCCACUAUCACAGAUCUGCUGCGACAGGGGCUUCCGAUCUUAGAAACCAAGGAAUCUCACGGUGGCAAGGUGCAUCAGACUAGCCAUCUAUCAGCCAGAGGAAGUGGAGAACUGCCUGAGUCCAGUUUUAUAAAGGAUCUUGUUCUACCUAACCGAGGUGGAGUAGGACGAGGAUGUUCAACUGCAGGCUUUUACCUCCACUUACAAAUUUAAAAAGCCUCAUGUUAGAAGCUGAGGAAGAAACAGAGCUAGCAGCGGUCAUGUUAAGAAAGUCAAGAAGCAGUUUGCCAACUGACUGAAGACCGCAAGAAUCUAGUGUUGAUUUGUAUUGUAAUGGAGAGAUACUUCUGUAAAGUGGCUAGAAGAUCUGGGAGUAGAACAUUUAAUAUUCCUGCACUCUCCAGCCUACUAUAAUGUCAGAAAUGAGUACCAACUGGACAGCCAACCUGAGCUUUGGAGCAUCUACAGAUCCUCAUGAGCCAAGAACUGGACUCUCUAGAACAGGGCACACCAUAGUGGCUGUUUUCCUUGGAUUUAUCUUGGUAUUUGGCUUCUUGAAUAACUUGAUCGUUCUCAUACUCUUCUGCAAGUUUAAAACCCUGCGCAACCCUGUGAACAUGCUACUGCUGAACAUCAGUGCCAGUGACAUGUUAGUGUGCAUCUCUGGCACCACACUCAGUUUUGCAUCCAACAUCCACGGCAGAUGGAUUGGAGGAGAGUAUGGUUGCAUGUGGUAUGGCUUUGUCAAUUCCUGCUUUGGUAUUGUGUCCCUGAUCUCCUUGGCUAUCCUGUCUUAUGAACGCUAUAGUACCAUCACCCUAUGUAACAAACGAGGCUCUGACUAUCAGAAGGCUCUGCUAGCAGUUGGUGGUUCCUGGCUUUAUUCUCUGAUCUGGACAGUACCACCGCUCAUUGGCUGGAGCAGUUAUGGGCUUGAGGGGGCCGGGACAAGCUGUUCAGUACGUUGGACCUCCAAAUCAGCUGAGUCUGUGUCCUAUAUCAUCUGUCUCUUCAUAUUCUGCUUGGUCAUCCCUGUAAUGGUCAUGAUAUACUGCUAUGGGCGUCUCCUUUAUGCUGUUAAACAGGUUGGAAAAAUCCGGAAGAAUGCUGCCCGUAAAAGGGAAUACCAUGUUCUCUUCAUGGUGAUUACUACAAUAAUCUGUUAUCUAAUAUGCUGGAUGCCUUAUGGAGUUAUAGCACUGCUUGCAACAUUUGGUAGUCCAGGUGCAGUUUCUCCAGUAGCAUAUGUCAUACCUUCCAUCCUGGCAAAAAGCAGUACCGUAUGCAAUCCAAUUAUCUACAUACUUAUGAACAAGCAGUUUUACAAAUGCUUUCUUCUACUUUUCCACUGCUACCGUCCUUCGGCUGCUGAUGGAGAAUCCAUAUGUCAGUCUAAGGUAACCGUAAUCCAGCUGAAUCAGAAAGUGGACAGUGGAGUCACAUGUAAUAAUCAAGUACUUCCUGAAACGGAUGAGAAAGUGCCCUGUCUGCUGAGCCCAGAGUCAAACUUGGAGCCCGCUUCAGAAGACAUGCCACAGAUGUUAAAGGAGAAUUCUCUCUGAUGACUAGUCACACACCUUAACCGGUGUACGCUGUUUUAUUGCCACACUACCCAGUUUACUUUAACAUUCCUAAAGGAAAUUGCUAUUUGUGGAACAGGAAAAAAAAAUAUGAGAAGAACAAAAAUAGGCUUCUGUUCCUAUUUAUUAAUAGCAACUAAGAUUGAAAGUCACAGAAGAAAUGGUUUGAUAUGGCAGUUUUAAAACAAUACAGGUGACCUUCCAGAUAUAAGUUAAUUAUUUAAUAGAGAACUGAAAAGCAGUGAAGGUUUAAAUCUUUAUAAUCUGAUGAGCAAUGUCUCCAAGAGUCAAUCUAUAUUAAGGACAUAUGUGUCAUCUAGUUUAUCCUUUUGCCAGUAGAUUUUCCCCUACUAGUAUUUUGGUCUCCUAUACUUAUAAAAGUGAGUGGUGAAGAUUCCACCCCUUCCCUUAGGACAAAGUCUAAAAAACUCCAAGAUUUUCCUGACACCCUAUUUUCCCUUUCUUAAUUUCAUUCAACUUCUCCUAGUUAAAUCCCUUUAGCCUGUAACAUUAAUCUCCAUCCUUAGCAUUUACAACAGUCCCACAUUUGCAUGUGGCUACUUACUGGUAUUCUGCACCCUGCCUGGCUAAUACCUAUUUAUUUCCAGGCGCAGUGCAAUCCUUUUAAGUGGUUGAUGAUCCAGGUAUCAGACAAUGUCUUUCUUCCAAUGCUUAUUGCAACUCUUACAGUCUGGCAGGGCAUGCUGUCUGUCUGUUCCGGGGCUUGAACUCUCCAGGACCAGCAGCCAGACAUUUACUACAGGGCCUAAAGUAGAUUGGGGGAAAAAAAGAGGGAAAGUGCUCCCUGCACCAGCCAAGGAAUAAGGGAUGUGUGGGAAGUGCCUAUGGUUAAAAGCUCCCUCCUCCCCCACCCCUGGCUUGGAUGAAGGAGUGGGAGGCACACUUUGCCCUUCUUCCGCUUUUCCUACUGUUUAUGUUCCAGGUACCUUUUCCCUCAUCUAACAGAGCCUGAAUUUUGUAAGAUUUACAUGAGCAGUGAUGAAAUAUUUUACUGAAUUCACAUCUACUAAUUUAAUUCUGUUCCAAACUGGAGUCAGUGCGUCAAGUUUGCAUUGAUUGAUUGAUUUAUGUAAACCUAUGCUAAUUACUGCUCACACAGUUAUUGCCAUUAUCCUUUAUCGGCCAAAUUCGCAAACUGUGAUCUAUAUAUGAACACUAUCACUUGUGCAAGCAAAUAAUCAAAUUUACACAUGCAAACACCAUUUCUUGCAUACAUCAAGCGCGUGUCUGUUCUGCAUGUGAUAAAUAUCUCAUUUGGGCACACAAAUGGUAGGGCAUGAAAAAUCAGUUGUGUAAAUGACUGC